GGUUACUUCCCGCUGAAGCUUGCAUUUGAGCACGCCCGGGCACCCCGGGUCUUUCCUUGGGCUUGCAGCCAUGGCCCGCGAUGAGUUCAGUGGUGAGAAUCUGACGAUCGCCAGUGUGCAUGGAGACUCCAGCCAGGAGGUGUGCCGGAAGAGGUCGCAAGCGGAGGUAGAGGACAUUGCUGCCAAGGCAAAAUCCUCUUCAGGUGCUCCGACCUCGGGCGUGGGCUUCACGUUUUGUGCUUUACCGCUUUACCCUGUGCCUGAUUUCCCCCCUCUAGUCUAGUGUGACUUCGCCACUGUCCUCGAAAGCUUUUGCCACACAUGGCCCUAAUUGUUUCCAGCAACUGUUGCCGAAAUCAUUAUUUUCAGUCAUAGGCAGAGAGGUAUGGGAACAUGACCGGUUUCACGGAUUUUUGGUUGGUGGAAUUUGCUCACACAACAACUGCGAUGUUUCUUAAAACCAUUCGUUGGAACGAAUGGCAUCUAAUGGAACAGGAAAGAUCAUAAUGAAAUCUAUGUCAUCCAGUUUGCCUAGCUGCGCAUUUGAAGCAGCGAGUCGCAACUUGUUGAAAUGAGUUGUUCCAAUCACCUGAUGGCCUUAGGUCCUGAUCCGUUUGCUUCAGGCUUGUUGAGAUCGUUUUUUCAUUGCCAAAAGGCAGCUUCUUUGGCGAAGAGGAGAAAUCGAAGAAGGAGGAGUGGGUUUUCCCAGCCUUUGCCACUGCAAUGCAAGUAGAUUGGAGAAAUUGAAAACAUGAACAAGGACAAACAGCUAAUGUAGCUGCUGCAGCUGUUGAAGUGCCAUAGAAAAUCAUAGAAAACAUCGUCAGUCCACUGCACUAUCUCUUUGUAUCUCUUCUUCCUGGUCAUAGCGAGUUGCAUUGCCCCAGAUGUGUGCACUCACAUGUUUCAAGUGGUUCAAUUGAUGCUGCUGAACUUGCCCCCAACAUGCCGCGCCUGAGCCACGAUGCGUGUUCUUUGCCAAAAGACCAUGCGACGUGUAGAUGAAUCGAACAUGACGCGGGUAACUACGUGGGUCAGGGGAAGCCGGGGAAACAUGAAAAGUUUUUGAGCCAAAACAGGGCCCGAGUGCUUUCGGCCAAGGAUGUCUUUCCUGAAACACUACGCUUGGGACCUUGGUCUCCUUUGGCCAAAGUCUUCCUGGUGAUCUUGGUCUCCUUCGUCCUUUGCACAUUGCCCUUCCUCACCAGACCUGAAUUGCCAUCGACCAAGUGGAAUUGGACGUAUGCCGCGGUGUCAGCCUACAUGAUCUUCGUCCAAAAUCAGUCCGUCUAUAAGUACAAAUGGUUUCCUUUAGCCACCUACACUUGUUGGUCAUAUUUCCUCUUGAACCUACACUUCCUCUUCCACGCGGUGGAUUUCCCGCUGGCUGCUGAGCUUUUGCGAUUCCCCUCACUGGCAAUGGCCACUGUGACCACCACAGUUUGGUGGCUCGUGCUUUUCCCAGUGAUUCUGGGAUUUUGCGAUUCAAAAAGCCGGUCUGGCUUCAUGAAGCUGAACUUCAGCUUCUUCCUGAUGAAUAUGCAUCUCCUCAACUUUCCCUUGGCUUUAUCAUCCUAUUGGCUCUUACCACGAGCUUUGGUGUUUACAGACUUUUGGGUGGCCACAAUAGUUGCGAUCGUUUACUUGUUCUUCUACUUACUCGUUCUUGAUCCGAAUGGUGUGCAUUUGUACAUCAUUUUGUCACCACGUCCCUGGUGGUGCGUGCUAUCAUACUCAGGGAUUUUGGCGCUCUAUGCCGGACUUUUCCAGGCCUUUUCUCACCACCCUCACCUUGGUUGAAGCCAUGUGUUCGAGUGAGGGCGCUUGAUAGUAGGAGGAUGUCAUGGAUUUGUUGAGUGAGUGCCCUUCCUGAACUAGGGAUGGGCAUCAUUUCCAGGCACCAUCGACAUCCGUCGACCCUCAGGGCCGACCAAAACCACGGAGCGUGAGUAAAAA